GGAAAAGAUAACCUUCAACCUUUACAUGCGUGUUUGUUUGCAAAAACAUGGCAAAAGAAGGUACGGAUCAGAAUGUACCAUUGCCAUAUUCAAGUAAACGCAUCGUUUGUGUUGAAUUUCCUGGGAAAGUAGAAAAUGUUGAUAAAAUGAUAGAGUGUUUUGGAGGUCAAGAAAAUAUUUCGAAGGUGAUGGCUGAUAAAACUAAACGAUUGAAUUUGCAUUUCCGACCCGAUGAUCCUUACUCACAUUGCUGCACUGGUGAGGCUGUGCCAACGGAAAGACUUCUUCUGAAGGUGCGCAGAAGAUGCAGGAAAAAUAGGUCAAGUGAUGCUGAAGUUGAGGGAAAGAUGGAAGAAGAAUAUCAGGCUGAGAUUGUUGGAGUUAUUGAGACAAGUUAUAAAUUUAAUAGCUUCGUAGAUUUUCAGUAUCUUCCUAUGGUUAAAAACAGUUCUGGAACGUUUGAGUCCAUAAUUGAUAAAAUAGUUCCGAGGAAACUAGAGGACUCAUCUUACUUCAAACGGGAUGUUCCAUUAUUUGUUCUUCCUGAAGCUUUCUCUCGUGUGGAUAUUCCUUGUGACUAUAACUACAAACAAGAGAAACAAGCACGAAUAAUGAAAAGCAAGAUCUUACAAGAAGCCCAUUUAGUUGGUACUGACAGAGAUCGAAGAAAUAACAAUGCGAUAUUUUUGAAAUUUGAAGAUAAGGGGAUUCCCCUAGAGCCAUUACCAGCUGCCAUCGAGAUUUUAAAGCGGUAUCAACUUCAGGAAGAUGUGCAGAAGAUGAAAAAAUUAUUUGAGGAGCGUCCAAUUUGGUCACGUACAUCCAUGAUGGGUUAUGCUAACUUGGAAUUCAAGAACAUCAAAGUCAUCCUACCCAGCAUGGCAUACUACUUUGUGACAGGACCAUGGAGAGCUUUAUGGUGUAAAAUUGGAUAUGAUCCUAGGAAAGACCCGAAGUCCAAAAUCUACCAGAUGUUGGAUGUUCGAAUCCGUCUUGCUGCAAGAGCCUUUAAACCAGACAUUGCAUUUAAAGCAGAUGUAACAGAUGUUUCGACCAAACUGCCUCUCUCGCUCUUCCAUUCUAGACGUAAUCAUGCUCAUCCCUCCAAGUUACCCAAGCUGCCUGAGAACCAUUAUAUAUUCACUAGGGACGUUCUUCCACCAUUUUAUCAAAUGUACUACCAAGUAUGUGACAUUAAGGAUGAUGAGCUUCAGGAGAUCGUUCAUGCUAAUGAUGGAUGCGAGAAAGCUUGCGAUGAGCGAGAUGGAUGGCUUCUGCCGGACUCGUUUCAAAACAUGCGAGACAUCAUACAUAACCUCAUCACAGCCAAAGUCAAAGAAAUGUAUUUAUCGGAUAGACAGAACGAGGAUGAAGCUGAAGAAAGUGAACAUGGAAUGAACAUAAGUGGUGAUGAAGAGGAGAAAGAAGAGGAAGAAGAGGAAGAGGAGGAGGAGGAGGAAGGCAUUGAUGAUGAAAUGGUUAAGGAAAUCAUGGAGUACAUUCAACCACAAAAUGAAAACUCUUGAAAAUAUUGAUCAUUGUCAACGACAUUAAUUAUCGGACCUGGUAUGGACAGGCAUUAUUUUUACUAAAAGGAAUAAACCUCAUACUGUAUGGGGCAGCUAAGAUCCUACAUUACUAUUAGGAAUGUUUUACUCAACCUGAUAUUUCACUGACUGCUCAGUACAAUCCCAAAUACAUGUGAAAAAAUACUGCAAGUGAUUCAGUUGGGAAAUGAACCCAUGACCUUCAGAACUUGUGCUUGUGGAGUAGCUACUUCUUGAGAGCAAGUUCAAUCCUAAUGUUGCAGUACUUGCAGUUACUUGUAUAAAACUGUACAAAUAGUGUAAAUAAAGCCAAAAACCAAAGUAUAA